AUGCCCAUGUUGCCGUGUCGUGUGUUGUGUUUGUUGGCCAUUGUGUUCUGCUGUGUAAGUGUGACUCAUGCAAAUGCACAUGGCAAGUCACCGUAUGUUGAGCUGGCGAGAAAGAAGGUUGAGGAGACUUUAAAGCUGAAAGAGGAGUGUGAGAGAAUCACCACCGCUACUACAGAUGCCGCCCAUAAAGCUCAAGCAUUUGCUGAGGAAAUUAAGGCUAAUCUCGAAACAAUUGCUGCUGACCCAAAAGAGGUGGAGAAAAGGAAGAUUGAAGGUCGUAAAUUUAUUGAAAAUACAACGCAGGCUGCAGCUGAAGCAAAAGAAGUGGCCGACAAAACUACAGAGAGUGCAACGGAAACUAAAAACAAAGUGUUUGCUCUUCCUGAUGAAGAAGAAAAAAUGAAGGCAGAGGAUGCGGCUGAAGAGGCGGAAAACGCAGCACGUGUUGUUAAAGAGGCUGAGGAUCGUGCGAACACUUAUGUUAAACUUGUGGAAGAUGCCCUGCAGAAACUCGACGACGAAGUUGCUGCUGCCAAAGAGAAGAAGGAAAAACCGGUGGAGACUCAGGCACAGGAACAGACAAGGGAAACACAAGAAAAACAAGAAAAACAAAAACAGCACUACCGUUCUACUGUUACUAUUAAUAUCCACGGAGAAAACCUUGACGCCUUACUCAAUGGUGCAGCGAAUAACAGUGGUAUGGCAUUAAAUGACGGCAGCAGCAGCCCUGCGUUACUGCGUGUUCCACUCCUGCUGCUGCUGCUCUCUGUGCUGGGCUGCAUGGCCGUGUGCUGA